AGUAGGGUUGGGGGUGUUGCGAUGGAAUCAAACAGAGAUGAAGCGGAGCGCUGUAUUGAGAUUUCACUCUCCGCCAUUAAAGAAAACCAACCGGAUAAAGCCCGCAGAUUCCUGCAGAAGGCACAGAGACUCUUCCCCACUGAGAAAGCUCAGAGCUUAUUAGAAUCUUUAGCUCAAAAUGGAGAUGCACACAACAGUAAUAACAACUAUGGGGAAAAUGAGGGCGAUGGGGUAAGACAUCGAGCCACCAGUGCAGAACAGCAGGCACCUGGAGAAAGUGCUGCAGAUGGAGCCAAGCCACACACAGCAGAACAAGUGGAUGCAGUCAAAAGAAUAAAGAAGUGCAAGGACUAUUAUGAGAUUCUUGGAGUGAGUAAAGAUUCCUCGGAGGAUGAUCUGAAGAAAGCUUAUAGAAAACUGGCUUUAAAAUUCCACCCAGAUAAAAACCAUGCACCUGGUGCUACAGAAGCAUUCAAAGCGAUCGGGAAUGCAUAUGCAGUUCUAAGUAAUGCUGAAAAGAGAAAGCAGUAUGACCUUUAUGGUAAGGAAAAAGUGCCACAGUCACGUCACGGGCAUUCUCAUCACAGCUUUGAGGCUGAUAUAUCACCUGAGGAUCUCUUUAACAUGUUUUUUGGAGGUGGAUUUCCAUCUAGUAACGUUCAUGUAUAUAGUAACGGCAGAAUGGGAUUUGCGCAUAAUCAGAGGCAUGAACGACGAGAACAACAAAGAGAUGGAAGCCUUGCGCUGCUGGUUCAGCUGAUGCCCAUCCUCAUCCUCAUUUUUGUUUCAGCGCUCAGCCAAUUGAUGGUGUCAAGCCCCCCCUACAGUCUCAGCCACAGGCCUUCCUCAGGCCACACAAACAGGCGGCAAACAGCUAAUCUGAAGGUGCCUUACUAUGUUGGAGAGCGCUUUUCAGAUGAAUAUACUGGAACAAAUCUAAAGAACAUUGAAGACAAUGUGGAGGAUGACUACAUUUCAAACCUACGAAACAACUGCUGGAAGGAAAAGCAACAGAAAGAAGGACUGCUUUAUCGAGCACGUUAUUUUGGAGACUCGGACUUGUACCAAAGGGCAGUGAAAAUGGGUACACCAAGUUGCUCAAAGCUUUCAGACAUUCAAGUUCUCAUUCAUGGACACUGAGAAUCAAGAUGGCCCAAUGUCAGACAUGAAGGUUACCAUGUACAAGUAUACUUUGCUCUCACCACACUUUUAGUAAAAGUAGUGUGGGGAUUUGCAUCAUUUUACAAAAAGCAAAAAUGAUCUUUAUCCGUGUUGCAGUGGAUGAUGAUGAAAAAGUAGGACUGUGUUGAAACAGGACAGUGCUUAAUUGUGCACAUUUGAAACUAUUUGGUAAUGCUUUAUGAAUAUAAGAGGACAAACUGCUAUAUUUUGAAUGGUAAGUUGCUUUGCAAUCUUAAAACCUUUCUUUUCAGAAUGUCUGUGCAUCUGUAUUUUAUUCGAAGCAAUUUUAGAACCACAUGUUUGGGUUCUCUGAGCCAAGAU